CGACGCGUCUCUCUGCUCCCCGUUCCUCUUACCCUCCAUCAUCAUUCAUCUGCCUAUCCAGUAUGACCGUCCCACUGCCCAACGGCGCGUCUUUAAACAAGCAUGACGAGUAUCAAUACCUUGAUCUCAUCCGAAAAGUCCUCGACGCGGGUGAGACGCGUCCCGACCGUACCGGGACCGGCACGCUCUCUAUCUUCGCGCCCCCUUCCAUGCGCUUCUCCCUCGCAGAGGGCACCCUACCUCUUCUCACCACUAAGCGCACCUUUUGGCGCGGUAUACUCGAAGAACUGCUAUGGUUCGUCCAUGGCUCGACCGACUCGAAGUUGUUGUCUGCGAAGGGCAUCAAGAUUUGGGACGGUAAUGGGAGCCAAGAGUUCCUCGAGAAGCGUGGACUAGGGCACCGGAGAGAAGGAGACCUGGGUCCUGUAUAUGGCUUCCAGUGGAGACACUUCGGCGCGAAGUACACAGACUGCGACGCGGACUACACCGGCCAGGGCGUCGACCAGCUCGCGGAGUGUAUUCGUAAAAUCAAAGAGGAUCCCACAGACCGACGCAUCAUUUUGAGCGCAUGGAAUCCAGCAGACAUUCCGUUGAUGGCACUUCCGCCCUGUCACGUUCUCUGUCAAUUCUACGUGCACCUCCCUCCUCCCUCUUCUCCCUCCUCCCCAAAACGACUCUCCUGUCUCCUUUAUCAGCGCUCCGCCGAUCUUGGUCUUGGCAUCCCGUUCAACAUUGCUUCCUACGCUCUCCUCACCCACCUCGUCGCGCACCUAACUCACACCGAACCACACGAACUCAUCAUCCAGCUCGGAGACGCGCAUGUGUAUCGCGAUCACGUAGACGCGCUGGAGGAGCAGCUCAAGCGUAGCCCGCGUGCAUUCCCGAAGCUGCGGUUCAAGCGGGAGGUGCAGGAUAUUGAUGACUUCCAGGCGGAGGAUGUACUGGUGGAGGGAUACGAGCCGCACCCACCCAUCGCGAUGAAGAUGAGCGUAUAGGAUGUGGGCUUUGGGCGUUCAUUGUGUCCAUACUCAGACAAGUAUCAGACGAGGGUGUAGCUUGGCGUGAUGUUGUAGAGUAGUAGGUUGGUUUUAUCUCCUGAUCUAUUGAUGUAUUACAUGACAGUGCCACCGCCAGAGGAUGCAUAGGAGCGUGGAAUGUUAACUACAGUAUCGUGAACACCACACCUGCAAGCAGCGUAGCAUAGACAGCCACAAGACGACCUUCGUGUCCGCCAGUGAUCAGCGGUGGGGCACUGCUCAUCGAACUUGAGUUUGAAGGCUGAUAGACUCUGAUGGCAGCAAAGUCCCAGUAUGCGUCCUCGAAUGCCGAUGGGUUGUAAUUCACGUAAUCUGCAGAUUACG